AUGCAAUCUAAUCCAGGAACAGUGGUGCAAUGGGAAGUCCAAUCGAUAAUGGAUCCUAACAGAGUUAUCUUUCAGAGAAUUUUUUGGGCUUUUGGACCAUCCAUUAAGGGUUUUCCCCACUGUCGCCCCUUUAUUUCUAUAGAUGGUACACAUUUGUACGGAAAGUACAAAGGGACACUUAUGAUUGCUAUGGCGAUAGAUGCAAAUUCUCAAGUUGGAAAAGGUUGGGAAGAGCCAUAUGCAUUCCAUCGGUUUUGUAAACGUCAUCUAGCUUCGAACGUGCAUAAGAAGUUCAAAAACAUAGCAGUUAAAAACUUGUUUGAAAAGCUUCUAAACAGACAAAGAUUCGGAACUAUAAUUUCUAUAUGA